GCAAUGUAUCCCUAGUAGCAUUAGACAGUUUCCAUUUCUGAGAGCAGCAGCUUGGCUGGUCUGUACUUCACAAUGAGGAAGAGUCUGAAGGUUUGUGGUUGUUGUACUGGGAACAAGGACAGAGAGCCAGAAGAACUGAAACAAAGGAAAGGAGAAAUCACAUGGACAAAGAGACAGAACGCAACUUGGAGGAGAACUGAAAUGGGCCAGAAAAAGGAAGAGGAGGGAUUAACUAAAAAGCAAGGUGACAUUAGUGACUCAAAAUCAAAAUUUUGCUGCCCAUCUGUGGCAGACUGUCUCUGUCUGUGCUGGCCUGUCCAGAUGUCCAAGUGCAGUGAAGAGAUCCUGACAUCUGAGGCCCAGUGCCCGGAUAAAGAAACUGUAACCUGCAAGGAACCAGGUCCCUCUGGAGCCCCGUGCCAAGACCUUCGCUGGAAAGAAAAUUCCUGUACCUGUCUUGUACAAGAGGAUAUGAGCCAGAGGACUGGUUCACCAGCUGACCCCAGUGGAGCUCCCCUCCCCUGCUGUCAUGGGACAGUAAGGGGAGGCUAUUUCCCACAGUCAGGGCAGGAGGAGUCAUGGUCAAUCCUUGACUUCUAUGAACCAGAUGAAACCCUCUAUGUGGAAUUGUGGGACCCUGGGCUAGAGGGAGGAGACCAGCAGUAUGAGGCCAGAUGGAAGCUCAGUAGCAGGGGAAAGGUUGUGGCAAAGGGCAUCUGGAACCCAGUACCACAUGUCAGAGAAGAAACCCAACCAGCUGUUUCCUGAAUUUGAGCUAAGUGUGCCCACACUUCUCUGGAUAACCCCGUAUUACAGUGAAAAUAAAAAACAUUGUAUCUGCUCAAUACAGAUGGCUUCAGCUGGCAACUGGAGUUGUUUUUCACUGUUGCUGGUAUUUUACUUAAAUGUAAGUUUCUUAUGAAAUGGAAGGCGUGAUUUUUUGUUCUUUUGUUUCUAUUCCAUUGUAUAAUCAGAUGCACGAAAUUAAACAAUGAACUGGCUUAAGCAAA